AUGUCGGCGUGUGUUAACGAAAGAGUUUUCGUGGAUUCACCUCUUGCUUCCAAAGUUGCCCUUUUCAACAAAGUUGCUGAUGCCCACGUUCAAGGCCAAGAAGUAAAUCCCUUUUCGAGCGGAAAACCAACUAGCAGCUUACCAAGGCCAUCGUUCUCUAAAGAAGAAUAUGGAAAGCCGCCGAAAGGAUCUCUCUCAGAAUUCAGAGCAUUUAAAGCCACGAUUCACGUCAGUAGGGAAAUGUUAGAACUUUGCGAAGUUAUAAAUCAAUUUGGAGAACGCCUUUUUACAACAGAAGAAAAACCUGACGAUCCUAGAUUAGUUAUCAGUUUCGGAGAACUAUUUACAAUAUAUACUGGAAUCUCAGAUAAAGUUGUUGGAAUAUUACUACGAGCUCGGAAAUAUAAACUGGUUGAUUUCGAGGGCGAAUGCUUAUUCCAAAGGCAAGAUGACCACGUCCCAAUAAUUUUAAUGAAACCCAUUCGCGAAAUUAGAAGUUUUCUAAAAGAAAGGAUCGAAAGUGCUACAAAGGCGUUGAAAGAAAGCGGAGAAUAUCUCAACUAA